AUGUGGAAACUCACAUUGCUGUUAGUGUGCCUCAGUGCCUGCUGUUUGGCCGGACCACUUCAUGGAGUCAAGCGAAAUGUGCCUAUUGUGCUGCAGGAGGAAGAAGUUGAAGCAGAACGUCCGGCACCUGAGCCACUUGCACCCGAGUACCCCGAAAUGCCAUCGACAUUGACCUUGCCCAGCAAUGCUACAUCGAUACGUACAGACAUUACUGACAACUUUUCAUGCGAUGACAAAGUAUAUGGUUAUUACGCGGACGUGGAGAAUGACUGCCAGAUAUUCCACGUCUGUUUGCCGGUAACGUACGCGGAUGGCAAAGAGAACACAUUCCGUUGGAGUUUUAUCUGCCCCGAGGAGACGGUGUUCAGUCAGGAUUCAUUUACCUGCAUGCGUCGUGAGGAUAUGGCCAUAACAUGUGAAGAUUCUGUUAACUAUUACGAACUAAACCGAAAUUUUGGCAAUACCGAAGAGCAGAGUGCCAAUUCCAAUAACAUGCCAGAUACUGAAGAGCAAGCGGAAGCACAACAGCCCGAACCAGCUAAACCCGCCCUGCAAGAAGUCCAACAAGCUGCUGCACCUCAAGAAGAGCCACAAACAGCUGCAGCUCCUGCUCAAGCAGCAAAGCCUAUGAAAGUGAAGCCUGCGCAGGUGCAGAAACCUAACCGUAGGAAGCCACAACCAAAGCCACAACAACACCAAGCAAUUCAUCCUACAAAUAAACUGCCGUCAAUUAUGCCCCUUCGCAAGAUGCCUAAUGUUGGUCCGAUUGCACCAGUUAAUAUACCAGCUGAAGUAGUAUCCGUCCAUGAAAUUAAAGACGAGGUAAAAUCAGUACCACCCCGGUAUAAGAAGCGUCCCGCUGUGACGUAUAGCACUGAAAAGGAAGUUGUAGAAGUGCCCGCACCGCCAUUCAAGGUUGAGGUGGUGCACACCUUAAGCAAUCCCGAAUCGCUUAAGCGCAAACGCCCCACAUUUGCACACAAAAAUAAUGUGGUUGUCAACAAAGUGCCUGAGGACGUGCCUGUCAUCGAGUCGGUACCCGUAACUGUGUCGGUAGAACCUGUUGUUCCAGCUGUAAAAUUUGAGUCUAACUUGGGCUCCGCUCCGCUGCCUGUGACAAUCAAUGAACCUGUAGCGCAGACAGCCGAAGAACUACCAGUAAUUGUGGAACCAGUUCAAGAUCCAGUAGAUGCAGAACCACAAGCUUCCGAAAUUGAGGAGCAUAUCGUUGAACCAGAAAAUGCAUUUAAGGCAAUAGUUGAACCACAAAUUGUAAACCGAGACGAUACAAGUAAUGCAAAAGAUGAUAUCGCUGCACCAAUUGAGGUAGCGGUACCAGUCAUAGUGGAAGAGGCUGAAAAUGUUGCGCCAAUUCUGGACGAAACAGUUAAGAAUGACGAACUCGCUGCUGAAGAAAUUUCAAAAGUUGAAGAACCUGUAGCAGAAGAAGUAACAAAAAUCGAGGAGCCAGUGGAGGCAGAGAAAGCGCACAUUGUGGAGACACAAAAAGAAGAACAAUCCGCCAAGCCAAUUGAGGUAGUUGAAGAGGUUCCAGCCUUAAGCUCAGAACCUCUGGAAAGUGCACCAGAAGAGGAAAAGCUUCAAGAAAUUAUCAAGUCACAAAUCAGUGUCGAGAUGCCAGCACAAACCGAAGAGCAAUCUUUGCUCGGGGAGCCUGCGGAAAUUGUUGACCAACUAGGCUAUGCAUCGGAGCCUGUUGCUUUGGAUGCCGCACCUGAGGCGAUUGCUCCCAUUGAAAAUAAUGAUGAAUUAUUGCCUGCUUUACCAUCACUAGAGGAGAUGGAGGCACAAAAGCCCGUUGAUGCCAUCGAAACUAUGCCGGCUACUCAAGAAAUGGAACAGCAAGACCCCAUUGUGCAACAAGCAUUCGAGGAAAAAGAUAAUCAUUUGCAGACGGUGGGUGGUUUCAAACCUGUAGAUCCCGAGUUGGCCGCAGAAGCUGAAGCUCUUAUCUCAGACUUCAUCAACACACUUAAGAGUGAUCAUCCUAAUAUCAAACCUAGUCUGCCAGUACCGAUAGAAGAAGAAGCACCCACAACUUCUGCCGAAAGCGAAGAUGUCAAAGUUGAGACUGAGGAAUUGCAACAGACUCAUGAGAAAAAUGAAGAAUCACAAUCUAAUCACGAAGAAACACAAGUUGCUGUCGAAGCUGAUACAAGUUCCCUGAAAACCAUAGCUGCCGAGCAACCUGUAGCAGUUAAACCAGAAAAUGAGCCAGUUGUGCCAGAAAAUGAGCCAAUUCCAGUUGUAGAAAAAGAAUCAAACAUUUCGCCAUUGCUUAAGUUCCCAAUAUCCAAUAGUUUCCCUUCCGAUAUGUAUCAUAUUCCAGUAACGGUUAUUCAGACGCCAUACGAAGAAGUACAAAAUAUUAAAUCCGCUGAGAUAACACCGGUCGAAGAACAAGCGCCAGCUCAAGAAGAAAAGCAAGAGGAAACGAAAUUCCUUCCAGAAGAGACUGCGUUAGCUCAAAGUGAAAUUACAGAGGAGCAAAAGGAAGCCCAAUCUGAACCCACAGCGGAAGCCCAAUCUGAACCUAUUGCACAGGUUGCAGAAACGGAAGCUGUAGAAAACCAGCCGGAAGCUGCACAUCCCGACCUUUCAGAGGCUGUGGAAAGUCAGCCUGAAAUUGAGCAACCCGCAGCUCCUAUGGCCUUCAGACCCAUCAGUAUCGAUGACAUUGUUGAACUUGUAAAGGAACGUUUAGAUCAAAUACCAGCCAAUGAGAAAGGAGCACCCAUGGAAUUGGUUAUGGAACCAGACAACGCUGACAAACCCGUGGAGUUGAAAUUUAGUUUGCAAAAAGGGUCUGCGCCGCAAGAAGAAUCAGCUGACCAAACACCUGCCGAGGAUAUCAUUUUUCCCAUUUAUCAUAGAGUGUCCGAGCCUGAGAGCAGCAAUAUCCAAGCGCAAGAAACCGUAGCUGUAGACGAGUCAAACACCAUAGUGACAGACCUUAAAACGUUACCGCUUCAAGCGGAAACUGUGCAGACCGCAGUCACCCCAGUAGUUGAGUCCAUCGACAAGGCUGUGCAGACGGAUGCCGAAGAACUUGGUGCGAAUGUAGCCAAGACAGCAGCAAACACUGAGACUGAGACAAAAUCCGCACCUGUGACUGAUAUCCGAGAACCUGACAGUUCAGCCACCGUUGAGAUUGCGGAGUCCGAUGUGCCAGCUAAAACUGAAACAAGCGAAGCUGAAGAUAGUGCCAAAUCAAAUCGCGCGUUGAGAUCGCGCAGUUUGACAAAAGCUAAGUUAGAUCCACGCAAACGUCGCUUCCUCUUCAGAUCGGAUGCCAGUUAGAGCUUUAAAACACUCCAAUAUAUGCCCAUUGAGCACGCCCUGCACGCCACAGGGUGCACAUGCGCAUUCGCAUGCAACCCGCCCAUGAAAUUCCUACAACCUAGGUUGCUAAUUUUUCACUACAUACUUACUUUCACUUGCAUUUACAUGCGUACUACAUUGUUUGGGACUGAUCGCGCAAGCGUCAAACUUUGAAUAUGGGUUGAAUAUGGGUCAACUAUUUUCGACUCCAACCAAGCGAAAAUGUGUCUUCUAAAACUUUCUUUUCUUAUUUAAGUUAAACUAAUUUAUGAUUUUAGGUCUAUGUUUUUUAUAUGAAAAACUAUAAAAAAUUAAAAAAAUGCAAAAUUUUAGAAAAGUGCGUGAAAUUCACACAGUUUCGU